AUGACCUCCGCGCUGCAUUUACGGCGCCAGACCAUUGGCCUGCUGUCCAAAGGAUCCCACAUCUCUUAUCGCGCGAUACACACCUCCCCGGUCACACGAGCGUCGGAUCCGCGCAUCGACGACCUUGACUUAGGGCACAAGUACCACGAUGAGUUCGCAGCGCUGAGAGAUACAUAUGAUAAACCGAAGUACCCGAUAGUCCUUGCGCAUGGCCUCUUCGGCUUCGACGAGCUCCGCCUUGCCGGGCCAUUGCUCCCCAGCGUGCAAUACUGGCGUGGCGUGAGGGACGCGCUGGAGGCGAACGAUAUCGAAGUCAUAACCACAGCCGUACCGCCGUCCGGUUCUAUAGAGGAGAGGGGCGAGAAGCUGGCGGAGAUAAUCGCGUCGCAGGCGCAGGGGAAGAGCGUGAAUAUCAUCGCAGGACUGGAUUCGCGGUACAUGAUCAGCCAGCUGAAACCGCCGAACGUUGACGUCAAGUCCCUAACGACCAUCGCAACGCCGCACCGUGGAUCAGCCUUCGCCGAUUACGUGAUGGAACAGAUUGGCGCGGAAAACCUGACCAAGGUGUACGGACUGCUGAGAACUUUCAGAGUCGAUACCGGGGCUUUCGCACAGUUGACCCGGAAGUACAUGCAGGAAGAAUUCAAUCCCAAAACUCCGGACCGCGAGGGUGUAAAGUAUUACUCAUAUGGCGCCACAUUAGAACCAGAGCGUUGGUCGAGCUUCAAGCAGUUGCAUGAUCUAGUAGAGGUACUAGAGAAGGCACCAAACGAUGGUCUUGUCAGUGUUCCGAGCAGUAAAUGGGGAACGUACAAAGGCACAAUCACAGGCGUCAGUCACCUUGACUUGAUCAACUGGACUUCACGGGUAAAGUGGACGCUUUACUCCUUGAUUGGAUACAAACCGACGUUUAACGCGAUUGCAUUCUAUUUGGAUAUUUGUGAUAUGUUGGCGAAGGAGGGCUUAUAG